GAUGUUAUUGACUCACCCAGUCUGCGUCACAUGUCGGAACCAUGCCGACCUUAUCACGUUUCUUUCAUCCUGUGUCUCUUCCCUUCGGUCGGCAAUGGACAGGUUGAUCGCUGGAUAAGCCGGUUUCACAGACGCGAAAACCUCCCCGUCAAGCCCGACUGUUUUGCGGAGUUGCAAGCGUUCCUUUCGGUCUGGUCCGGGUAUCAUGGAGGGUUUAAGCGACAUCACAGGUGACCCAUUACUAGAUUGCCCACAGACGGUAUACGAGCAAUUCGAAUCAAUAGCUCGUCGGCACCAUGAUCGACCAGCUCUCAUUGAGAUCAGCAAAGUAAAAGACCACGAACCUCCGCCGCAAGGAUCGAGUCUUCGCCAAUGGACGUAUACGGAACUGCUGCGGGCUGUGUCAAGCUUUGUGCCCUGGUUUGAAAGCCACGGCAUGGGGUCGGGCUCAAUCCUCUUCGUCCUCUGCCACAAUCGCGCAGAAAACAUCAUUGCCACAUUGGCAGCGUAUGCAGCGGGUUGGAUUCAUGUUCCUAUCAAUCCACACGAACUAUCCAGCAGAGAUGAUGUGCAGUAUAUUAUCGACACGGUUGUCAACUAUUUUGAUCCUGCCUCUAUCGGUAUUGUGGCUCAGGAUCGUUCCGUCCGCCCGAACCUCGACCGGCUCAGAUGGCCGGCCCCAACAGUCAAAGUGUCAUUUCUCGAUGAUCAAGUACCAUGGCUCUCCUUCAAUCAGAUGUCUACUCUUCGAAGCAAGGUAAAGAAGGCAGGGAAAGGAGAAGCGAGAUCUGUGCUCUUCACCAGCGGAACAGCAUCCCGCCCUAAAGGCUGUCCCUUGAGGAUGACGGCAUACAUUCACGUCUUGGUUAAUUCGCUCGGCAUUGGGAACCUCAAACCUGGCGACAAGCUGCUCUCGACUGCCCCAAGCUAUCAUGCCUUUGGGCUUCUUUGCACUAUCCUUCCUCUGGUUCAAGGGGCAUGCGUCGUUUUUGCUGGAAACACUUUCGAUCCCUUAUUGACUAUUGACACAAUCCAGCAUCAAGAAUGCACACACUUGUGUUUAGUUCCCACCAUGCUGCACGGCCUCGAGCAGGUCCAUUCUACUUUCAAUUCUUCCAGGCUACGUGCGGUCCUAUUCGCAGGAAUGGUCCUCAGCCCCGAUGCUCUCCGCCGCUGCUUGGAGCUUUUCGGGAACAUAACAGUCGAGAACCUGUACGGGAUGAGCGAAGGGGUUGUGGCUACCACCGGUCCCGUGGGGGAUGUAAGUCGCAUCUCGCAUGGUCAAGAUGUGGCAGUCGGGAGACCUGGCAUGGGGGCGCGGAUUCGUAUUUGUGACCCUGGUCAGCGAUCUCCUCUUGCAGUGGGACUGCCAGGUCAAUUACACUACGCUGGGAGUUCUUUGAUUCAGCACUAUCUCGGGGCAUCCGACGACGAUUUUCAUGAUGAGCCAGACGAUCUGCGCUGGUUCAACACGGGUGAUCAGGCAUUUGUCGGGACGGAUGGUCUAAUUUAUCUGAUCGGGAGGUACAAAGAUUUGAUCAUUCGUGGCGGAGAGAAUCUAUCUCCGGCUAGGAUUGAAGGCGUCUUGGCUGAGGUUUCGGAGCUGCGUUCGUUGAACACACAGAUCGUGGUCGGUGGAGAACCGAUUGCUGGGGAAGUUCCGGUGGCUGUCGUUGCCGUGGCUCCUAGUGCCAAGCAAGUCAGCUUGAUCCAGAGCACAGUGCGCUCUACACUUGGGGUGAUCCAUGUCCCCACAGCUGUGGUUUCGCUUCAGGAUCUGGGCAUUGACGACUUUCCACGAACGGCUGCAGGGAAGAUACGAAAAUCUAAUUUGUGCGCUCUCUAUCGCUUAUUCGAAGAGCGCCAAGCCCAGCAUGGCGUUGGCAUGAUCGACCAACCGGUUGAUGUCACCGAGGCAGUGACAGGGGUGUGGGCGCGCACUCUCGGCAGCAAGACAUCCGAGAUCUAUGUGGACGCUCCUUUGUCGAACUUCGCGGAUAGUAUCUUGCAGCUCACCACGCGGCACCAAAUCGAAAAGGCUACCGGACGGUGUGUGGCUCUGCCUGAGUGGCUUCAAGCGACUAGCAUUAAGGAGCAGGCAUCUCUUCUCGCCAGCAGUGAUGUCGCUUCCCACACCAAUGGCGAUAGUAAGGAUCUCGAUAAAGACCGGCAAGUUCCAGAUAUCGAUUCCGCGGUCUACGCUACACUUAUGCAAAGAGCUUUCGAGCGGACCAGACUAGCCGUGGAGAAUGUCCUGGGUAAAGACGGACUGUCUUGGGAGGAUGUGACAGAAGUCAUCCCAUGCAGAGAUGCUGUACAGGUCGCAUGCAAGUCUCGCUUGAUCGACAGUGCCAGUAUUCGGACAUGUAUGUUGUGCAACGGAGCUACAGCUGAGAGCGCUCGACAUGCUCUCGUUACCGCACUAGCAGAGCAUCCCAUCUUGCUAUCCUACCUCGUGGUCGAUGACAAACACCUUGAUGCUCAGCUCGGGCUAUAUGUGGUGCUUCGUCAAACCCCUGAAAUUUUUGAUCGGUGCAUCCACAGUGACCUAGUCGUCGACAGCAUCGAAGAACUCACCAGGAUAACCACCGAACAACCGUUCCGAAUGCCUGCUGUCCUUCCAGGUCCCAAUUUCGGUGCCCUGAUCGUUUCCGUCCGGGAGACACAAUCCGCCGCCAUCAUUACAAAUAUCGCCCACACCGUAGUCGACAAAACAAACCACGGCCUGUUCAACCGCGAUUUGGACAGCGCCCUCGGCGGCGGCGAGAUUUCCAUCGACGCGCACCUCUCCUUCAAGACCUGGGCGGACACUCAAUACAAACAGCGCAUGUCCCCGAAAGCCACCGAGGCGGUCAACUUCUACGUCGACUAUCUCCAAGGCCUGAAGAAGCAUUACCACGCCCUCUGGCCCAUCCACACCCCAGAGAUCAACCUCCCGCCGCACCGACUCCACAAAGCCGGAGAAACCAUCGUCUUCGCCGCCACCUCAAUCGCCCGUCUCCGCCAGCAGCAGCCUCGUCUCACCGCACCGAUCCUCGUCAAAGCCGCCUUGAUCCUCCUAAUCCUCUCUCGCACAAACCACACCCACGCCCUCUUCGUCGGCAUGGAAGCCGCCCGCUCCGAGUACGCUUUCCCGGACCCCGGCGCUCCCGCCCUGCCCUCCGACGCGGCCGACGUCGCCGGCCCGACCUUCAAUUGGUCCUUCAAUCUCGUGGUCUUCCGCCCGGAUGAAACUGUUCUCGACUUCCUCACGCGCGUCUACCGCGAGCAGCUCGAGCAGACGAAACAUGCAAACGUCCCUUGGCAUCGCGUGUUCGAGGGACUGGAUCUUUCGGCAGAUGAGAUCUUGGCCAAGGUUACCAAUGCAUGUGUGUUUAACUGGAUGCCGGGGCUGGGGCCGGACAUGCUGGGGGCGAAUCCGUAUACGAAUCUUAAGCCGCUGGUGUUUCAUGUUCGACCCAAGGUGGGCCUGGUGUUGAAUGCGGGGCAGGGGGGCCCGGAUGGGAGUCAGUUGGUGUUGAUGACGGAGGGGGCGAUGGGGAAUGGGCCGGCGGUUUGGGGGGUGAGGGUGUUGGAGGAGAUGAAGCGGAUUGUGCUUUGGGUGUCUGAGGAAGGGAAUCUGGGGAGGCCGGUGGGGGAGUUUGUGGAGGCGUUGGGGUGGGAUUUGGCAUCAUAAGACUCAUGUGAUGGCUGAUGAGGUUGAUUGUAACGGGCCAUGCAGAGAGGAUAGUAAGAGGGCUUUGCAAGCUCUGUGCCUGGUCUGUUAGAUCUUAGGCUGCUGGAAAUAUGAUAUUAUCUUGGUGCAGCUCACGGGUUUCUGCGGCUCAAGCAGCGAGUAUACUCUUCCCAGACAAGACAUCAUGUUCACUCACUCUUCUCGUAUAC